AUACAAAAAGAGGCCCGAAAUAAAGUCACUUCUCCCUUUCUUUUUCUCUUAUUUUCCCCCCCUUCCCCGAAUAUUUCAACAUUCUCCACCCUAAUUUCUACUUUUAGGGAAAUCUACAGCUCAAGGAAGCGUUUCUGUUCCUAGAGAGAUCGACCAUUGGCGAUUAUACUGGGGAGUUUUUCACCGGAGAUUCUGACCGAUAUUGAUGCCGGAUUCGGAUAACGAGUCAGGGGGGCAGAACAACAGCAAUAAUAAUGCGGGGGAGUACUCGUCGCCGAGGGAGCAGGACCGCUUCCUGCCGAUCGCCAACGUGAGCCGGAUCAUGAAGAAGGCGCUGCCGGCGAACGCCAAGAUCUCCAAGGACGCGAAGGAGACGGUGCAGGAGUGCGUCUCCGAGUUCAUCAGCUUCAUCACCGGCGAGGCCGCCGACAAGUGCCAGCGCGAGAAGCGCAAGACCAUCAACGGCGACGACCUCCUCUGGGCCAUGACCACCCUCGGCUUCGAGGACUACGUCGAGCCUCUCAAGGUCUACCUCCACAGGUUCCGCGAGAUGGAGGGAGAGAAGUGUAGCGCCGGCGCCUCCGCCUCCUCCCAGUCUCAGUACAACGACGGCGGCGAAGGUGGAGCAGGCGGCGGCGCGCCGAGCAUGGGGAACAAUAUAGUUGGUUUCGGUGGAGGUGGUGGUGGCGCUGGUGGGAUGAUGAUGAUGAUGAUGGGGCAGCAGAUGUAUGCGUCACCGCCAUCCUAUCACCACCAGAUGUCUACUAUGACUACGAGUGGGAGGAGCAGCAUGGGCGGCGGCGGCGGCGGCGGCGGCGGUGGAGGUGGUGGUUCUUCUUCUUCUUCCCCAGGGCUUGCAAGGCAAGGAAGGGUAUGAGUGAUAUAUGUUGGUUUAGUUAGUUAAGAUCGGUUGAUUUGGUUAUUCUUGUCUUAAUUCUCAUGUGGAGAAGGAAGUGAUGUAUAUCAUAGUGUAGCCUUUGAUGGUGGGAGAAAGGUGAGCAAGAAGAAACAUCCUAGACCUCUGAGGAAUUAAAAUGGUGAUAUUGAUGCGAAAUGGAUUUACUUAUCUUAGCAUUUCUCUCUGUUGUAUCAUUGAUAGAUGGGUUCUAGGAGGAGAGAUGCAUAUUAUUUAUUACUGGUAUUUUUGUUAUUUACAUGUUGAGAUCUAAUCUCUUUUUAUUUUAUUAUUUGCAGUUGCAGAUUUGGUAUAUAAGAACCAUUUUUAGUGUAAAAAUGAUAAUCCAUUGUGUGCUUUGUAUUA